AUGAGCCACAUCUACAGCAGCCACCUGUCCCCCCUGGGCAGCCCGUCCAUGGUUUACCUGCCCGCCGCUCUCGGCUUCACCCCCGGCGGGGCCAUGUCCCGGCAGGACCCCCCUCAGAAACCCCCCUACAGCUACAUCGCCCUCAUCGCCAUGGCCAUCAAAGAGGCUCCGGAGCAGAAGGUGACCCUGAGCGGCAUCUACCAGUUCAUCAUGGACCGCUUCCCCUUCUACCACGACAACAAGCAGGGCUGGCAGAACAGCAUCCGCCACAACCUCUCGCUCAACGAUUGCUUCGUCAAGGUGCCCCGCGAGAAGGGCCGGCCCGGCAAGGGCAGCUACUGGACCCUGGACCCGCGCUGCCUGGACAUGUUCGAGAACGGCAACUACCGCCGCAGGAAGAGGAAGCCCAAAGCCGCGAACCCUCCGGACGCCAAGGGCACCGAGCAGCCGGCGCCGCCCGCCCGCCCCGUCGAGCCCAAGCGGGCCAAGGGGGACGCGGCGGUGCCGCGGGCGAGUGAGGGGACGGCGCCUUGUCCCCAGCCCCCGGUGCCCCCCGCUGCCGCCCCGCCGCACAAGAGCGUUCCCCGGGGCCGCAGCUUCAGCAUCGAGAGCAUCCUGGCCCAGGGGCUGCGGCCGCCGCCCGGGGCAGCGGCGCCCAAGGCGGCCCGGGCCAGCCCCGGCUGCCGCGGCGGAUCGCUGGCGGCCGGCGGCGCCUUCGGGCCGGCCCUCAACGCUUCGCUCGUGCUCGACUCCCAGGUGCACGGGAGGCUUUACCACAUCGGCAUCCCCUUCCUCUCCUGCUUCCCGCUGCCCUUCUCCGAGGCCGUGUUUAAUUUCCAGUAG